AUGCUUCUAUUGGACCAGAAAUGGGAUGGCUUUGAAAUGAAGAAUGUGUCCUUGGAGUUGCAUAAAGCAGCAAUAUAUCGUCGGAAAGGCGGAUACAAAAACUUGAUCGAGAGCGAUGAGAAGGAUGAUAAAGUCUUUGUAGCAUUUAAGAUAGACUCCAUUCCUGAGAGGCGGCCAUUCCUGUUAUCUAGGGACUUUGCCUUUGUACGGCCUUCCGGCAGGAACAUUGAGCCAUUUCAGGGUAUUAUCUACCGUGUGGUGAAGAGUAAUCUUGUGUUGGUUGAAUUUGAAGAAGAUUUUUACUUGGAGUAUGAUCGGGCCUGCAAAUAUGAUGUUAAAUUCUCGUUCAACAGAGUCUGUUUAAAGCGGGCACACCAAGCAAUUGCAGUGGCAUCAGACCAUCUGUUGAGGUACUUCCUCUUCCCUGAAAGGGUACCUCAAAUCAGACUUGCUCCGACACGACUUUCUAUCAGUCACGAACUUGAUAGGGAGCAAGUCUCUGCUGUUCGUCAGAUUUUAAGCCUCAAGUGUCCACCACCUUAUCUUGUGGAAGGACCAGUUUCAGUAACUAAAAUGGGUGAUAAUAGAAAAAGACUCUCAAGAAGUGGAGUGGUUGUUCAAGAAGCAGUACUCCAAGUUUACCGGACCUCUCCUUCAUGUCGGAUUCUCGUAUGUGCUCCCUUAAAUAACACAUGUGAUGUGUUCACGAGAAGCCUGAAGACACAGAUUCCAGAAUCUGAUAUGUUUCGAGCCAAUGCUGCGUUCCGAGAGUUGGAUGGCGUACCUUUUGACAUCCUCCCCUCUUGCCUUUAUGAGGGGGAGUGCUUUUCUUGUCCUCCACGUGUGGAAAUCAGUAAAUAUAAGGUGAUAUUAUCCACUUUCAUGAGCAGCUUUCGACUGCAUGGUGUAGGGAUCGUAGCUGGGCAUUUUAGCCAUAUCUUUCUGGUAGAUGCUUCGUCUGCUACUGAACCUGAGACUCUGGUAACUCUGGCUAACCUGGCCAAUGAGAAUACAGUUGUUGUGGUUACUGGUGCGCCGAGGGAUCAUUCAGGUUGGGUUCGUUCCCCCAUUGCGAGGUACAAUGGACUGUCAUGUUCAUACUUUGAGAGACUCCGCGAGAGCGAGCUGUACAACGGUCUUGAUCCAAAGUUUAUGACACAACUGCAAGAGAGGGGAACCACAUAGCUCUUUCUCAUUUCUUUGAAACACAAGCUCUACUCUUUCCUGGAUGAAGAUUGCGUCUGUAUACAAGCCCCAAUAAUAACAUAGGUCCUUUCGUUUACUACAGUCUUCCAGAAAUAGCUUCCACUAUUGUGUAUUUCUUAUUGCUUUAUGUUUUAUGUUUGUAGAUGUAAGCGAGUCUUGGGUGGUAAUGGAAUGUAAUAGGCAUAGGUAGACCAUCUGAAUAAUAUAAAAUUUUUAAUCUUUUAGGAUCUAAAUUAAAC